AAGUACAACCAAGUCAACAGCCACUUCCACUGCAUCCGAGAGGGUUGCCAGUUCUCCUUCUUGCUGAAGCACCAGAUGACCUCGCACGCACGCAAACACAUGAGGCGGAUGCUGGGGAAGAACUUUGACAGAGUCCCGUCCCAGGUGAUGCCACUGAGCCAGAGGGGGGAUGACAUGCAUGCAUCCGGCUAUGGUUCUGGGCCCACAGCCGCCCAGACCGGCAUGAACUCCAGCCUCUCCUCCGCUGCUCUGGAUGAAACCGAUGAGUACAUGGACUACAUGGGAGGGGGGGGCAGCCCCUUGGGCCUCUCCUCGGAGUCCUCCAAUCAGGACCGAAGCUGCACCAGCACACCUGUGGGCAACGACAGCUCUCCAGCAGGUGAGCAUAAGCAGCUGCUGUAAAAGGGUUUUGUCUGACGGUGUUCGACAAAAACAUUCAGGAUUGAUUCACCCACUGAUGCUUUUCAGCCAGAAAGCCAGCUGCUUGUUAUGUCAUUCAUCCUCCAUUCAUUUAUUUUAUGAAUUGAUUGUUUGAAAUUAGUUAAAACAUGAUUUUAGAUUUACUCUGAUUCUGUUUGUCGUUUUCUUGUCUUGAAACCAGCAUUCUGUAGAUCAGAUCUGGGUUUAAAUAGUAUUUGUGUGAAUGCUUUAGAGCAUCUACCUUUCCGUAUGUUUUGGCAUGUAUAAACUCAACCACACUUUAGGCAAUCUUGGUAUCAAAAUAUUCACCUCGUUCACAACAUUACUGCUUGUACUUUUGGUAUUCAUAAACUUUGUAGUUUUUGAAAUAUUGAUCAAAAUAUUCAUUUUGGAAAUUAAUGAGAAAUUGCUCAAAUCUUUCAAAAACUUUUUUUCCCCAUUGAAACUGGUGAACUAUCGCAUUUACUCUCAGCUAGAGACGCCAAUAAACUUUAAAAUG